AUGACAUAUCGUGCACAUCUGCCCCCGGGGCAGGCCUACAACGGCCAGCAGCCGAUGCAGCACCAGCAGCAUGGCUACCCAGCUUACGGCAAUGGCAGCCAGCAAACACAUAUGCCAUACCAGAACGCCGGGUACCUGCCUCACCAACAACAGCUGCCACAGCAGCACCAACAUCUGCAGCACCAGCAACAGCAGCAUCAACAGCAGCAGCAGCAGCAGCAGCAGCACAUGCCUCCACAAACACACCCUCAGUUUCAUAUGAGCGCACAACAGCGGGCUCUGCACGCACAGCAGCAAGCCGUGCCAAAUCACAAUCUACAACCUCAACAGCUCUAUUCGUCCUGGGAUGGAUCUUAUCUGGGCCAUGGUGUCCCUAUGCCUUCUCCCGUGCCCGCACCUUCAGAGCUGCAGUUCCCUCCACGACAGCAAUAUCAGCCGCAUCCAACAACACAAGGGUUCCAACCGUACCAACAAUCCCACCAGCCCUCACCGCAGCUGGCACCGCAACCCUCACCGCAACUGGCACCGCAGCCCUCACCGCAACUGGCACCGCAGCCCUCACCGCAGCCGGCACCACGACCCUCGCCGCAGCCAGCAGCGUCGCCAAUACUGCCCCAACAGAUGCCGCCACCGCCGCAACGGCCAUCGCAAGAGCGAUCUGCGCAACAUACACCCCUAGUCCACAGUCCGAUUGUCGACCAGGGUCGCAGGCUAGCAUCCGAGGGGUCAGUCAAAAGUACAUCUGGGAAGCAGUCGCGCAAGUCAAGUUCUAGCUCCAUCGGGAAGUCGCCUAAACCAGCCGCCACCUCGCUCGUCGACGCCGCAGCCCUCCUUGUCUGCACUGCGAAUGACUGUUUCUCCCAAGCGCAGGUGGCAGUUGAACAGGUUGCGGCGGCGAUGGACGGCGCAAUGUUGCAAGAGUACCACAAGCUUAUAGCAACUGGGCUGGCGUGCCUAGAGGCUGCCCUCAAUACAAAUAAGCUACAGCCCAGGGCCGAGGCCAAGGUCAGGCUCCGAUACGGUGCCACUCUCAAUGAGGAGACGGAAAAUCUCAUGCAAGCCGAGACUGCCCUCAGCAAAGGCAUCACUGUUUGCGAGAAGCACCGGUUCGCGGAUUUGAAACUUUAUACCCAAUACCAUUUCUUGAGGGUUCUGUUCCGCAGAAAUCGCAAGGCGGCUCUCAUUGCCGUAGACAAGCAUAUCUCGGACUGCACAACGUACAAGCAAGUCUACUGGAUCUACGCAUUUAGGUUUCUCAAAGCAGCUUUCUAUGUACAGGGCGGCUCGCAAGCCGAUGCUCAUGCCCUAGAAAACCUGAGGAGUAUCACUAUUCUCGCCGGCGAGAGAGGCGACAAUGCAAUCUGCGUCUUGGGUUAUCUUUUGGAGGGCCUGACCUUGCUCAAGACCAUGAAAGACGACGCCAUCGUACGGAUUCAGACCUGCAUCGCGCAGGCGUCGAAAUAUCAGCUAGAUGCCACUGUACACAUCCCACAGCUCGAUAUCUUGACCUUGUUGCUCGAUCUGGCUUGCAGUCUACAUCAGAAGGUCCCGUCCGAUGUGAUGAAGAAGCUCACAGCACUGCAGAGUCGGAUGGACGAUCUAGUCCAUGUCCCAUCUUGGAAGGAGCACACAACCGAACUGCUCCUACCGAUGCGCAAGCAGGGCACAUCCAGUCAGACUAUCAGUGGCGACACGGGUGAUAUAUUGCGCCCCGGCGAUGGAGACUGUGAUUUUCUAGUUCUGUCAAGCUUCAGCAAGAUGGAAGUCUAUGUACUUGCAUAUACUAUCAGCGGAUUAGGGCUUUUGUACAAGCCUACGGGCAGUAGCGAAAAGAGUUUGGAAUUCUGGAAUGAGGCACAGAGGAUGCUUCCGUCUUGCACGAAGGUUGUUCCUCCGUCUCCAUCUUCUCUUCCUGAUGCUAUCGAUCGUGCUCGAUGGCGAAAAGAGAUGGAAUGCUACAUUCACAUCAUGAUAGGACUGCACUCGGCAACUCAUAGUGACUGGGCCAGGGUGAAGAGUUCUGUCCACGUGGUUGAGAAGCUGCUGAAGCAUCAGCGGGAUACUUCUCUUGAGACGAUGGCCAUGUAUCUCUCUGGGAUAUAUCAACAAGGUGUGGGCGAGCUGGAUAGCGCGUUGCGGCUCUUUGAACACCAGCGCUUCUCCUUGAUAGAGGACGGGACCCAUGCCACGAGAAAGACGGAGAAGGAUCUCUCGAUACUGGCGGCUCUCAACCGGCUCUGCAUCCUCCAGGCGCCGAGCCAGGCUCGAGGGAAUGAAGGAAAGACGGACGAGCUCAUUGAGCAGCUGACUCAGAUCUGCCCCGACCACCCAGACCCCGAGAUUAAGACGGCCUUCAACUUGGUCAUGGCUACCGUCGAAACUAAUCCGCCCAUGUCGAUCAACCAGGCCAAGCGCCACAUUCACUUGGGACUGAAAGGUGCCCAAACAGCGAACAAUACGCAUUGCCUGUCUAUUGCGCUCAAUAUCAUGCGAUUCAAGCUGUUUGAGAACGUAGUUGGGGAACAGGCCCUCAAGAGCGCAAAAGCGGGUGCUACUCAGGCCAAGAAGAGUGGUAACCUGUUGUGGAUGAGCGUCGCUGAUGGUAUGUUGGCGCAGUCGUAUGAGGUGCAGGGUGCGUUAUCAGAGGCGAGGGAAGCACAACAGUCGGCCACCCGAUAUGCGAAUGAAGCCUUUGAGAAGACCCAUAUCCCAGACGAAUAUCUCCCAAUGCUUCAAUUGGGUGCGUCGGGCGCUCGCAUUGUCCGCCCAUCGUACAUAUGUACCUCGUGUCGUGUUGCGGCAACCCAGAGCACGAGCUCGCCGAAGCCAUGGACUACCCCAGCUAGCUGCCGGUCGUAUGCGACGGAAGACUCUACUUCGAAAAAACCCAAAGGAGGAGAGAACAAGGCAAAGGAAGGCAAAACUCAGCCAAGGAGGUCCACGAGGCGAAACAAAACACGGGCGGGUCACCCUGCUUCGGGUUCCAAAGUACAACUGAAGAUCUGGCAGGAGACAUUGGAUGUUCUGAAAAACUUGCAGCAGGCAGGCGGCCUGCCAGGCAUUCCAGCGACGACGAGCAAGCCUGCCGAAGUGGAAGAGCUUCGACGAGAUGGAGCAUCUCCAACCGCAGCGCCAGGUUCGGCAAAACGGGCUACCAAACACACCAAACCCCCGAAGGGUCAAGUUGAGGCGUCGGGGAAGCAGCCGCUGGAUCAGGGAUCAAGCAAGCGCCAGAUCGAAGUGCUCACUGGAGCACUCGAACUAUUGAAGGAUGUGCUCAGUUCUCAGAAGCCUCCAUCUGAGAAGCCUUCGUCCGGAAAGUCUUCGACACCGAAAGCCAAGAGAUCCCCCGCAAAAAAGGAUACAACCCCAGCGCACGAAUCCAAUGUUAUCACGCCCGCCAGGCCGAUUGCAAAACAAGAUACAGAUGCGACUAGCGAUCUACCUCAAGCUUCGACAGACGAAGCCGUACCCCAUGAGCAGGAUGAUGCUGUCACUGCAGCCAAAAAGAAGACCAAGACCAGGUCCAAGAAGGCAGCCUCGCCAACAGCGCCAUCAGCAGCUCCAACAGUCGUUGCUAGCAACCCGCUGAGAUCGCGGUUCAAGGUCCAAAAGGUCAAUUCCAACAAUCUCAAGUUGACGCCCGUUCCCAGUCCUCAGCCCCCCGUCCCGCGUCUUCAGUACGGCUUGGACAGAGCUUUGUUCAACCCUGGUGUUUAUCACCUCCAGGAUCCUAGGUCGAGGGUGUACAACUUUGAUCCAUACCUUGCCACUAUCAUGCCAAUACAUGAAUUCGACUUCAAAGCCCUCAAGGAGUAUAUCACGUCGUCCAAGGACAACACCCUCAUUUCCAUUGCUGCCGAGCACAAAAAAAAGUACACUGGGUCAACUUCUAGCAUGACUUCUACCCUUGCACAUUUCCAUUAUCUGCUCUCCGCCUGGAGGCCCAUCAAUCCAGCGCACACUUCUCGGUCGUUCGAGCCAGAGUCAUACAACUUCACCAACAUCAUGCGCGCUCCGUCUGCCGCUUUUCUUCAUUGGAAAGAUGGCACCUACGCCAUCGAUGCAGACAAGGAGUACGACUCAGCCAACAUCCUUAGCAUGCUAGGAAAGUCCAUGGAGAAGCUCCUGACUUUGCCGAAGGAGGACUUCGAAAAGUACCGGAUCAGCAAGUCCCACGAGUUGUCCGACGAGGAGAAAAAUGCCGAAGAGGCCUACCAUUACACAACACUGGGAGACUUCAUGAUGCGGUCGCAACUUGAUGCCCAUGACCCUAGAGUCCUGGGGUCGGGAAUGUUUGAUCUGAAGACGAGGGCUGUUGUGUCCAUCCGCAUGGACGCCAAAGACUUCCACAAGGGCCUCGGCUACGAGAUUCGCAAUCGCAUUGGUCAGUGGGAGUCGUUCGAGCGUGAAUAUUACGACAUGAUCCGCUCAGCGUUCUUGAAGUACUCGCUCCAGGUUCGCAUGGGUCGUAUGGACGGCAUCUUUGUGGCUUUCCACAACACGCAGCGCAUCUUUGGCUUCCAGUACAUCAGCAUCAACGAGAUGGAUUUGGCAUUGCACGGCACUGAUGACCGCAGUCUCGGCGAUCGUGAGUUCAAAUUGAGUCUCCAUCUGCUCAAUCAAGUGCUCGAUAGAGCAACGGCAAAGUAUCCAGGCCGUUCGCUCCGACUGCACAUUGAGACCCGGCCAUCUGUGGACAGUCCAUUCAUGUACAUCUUUGCCAAACCUGUCACUACUGAGGAGAUCUCGGAGAUCCAAAAUGCAAACAAGGCAGAGAUUGAGGCAUUCGAGCAGAACCUGAUGGGCCUGGCCCCACAAGUCGAGAACGACGUGUCGGAAGAGGCAGACCCCUCUCCCGAGUCAGAGGAGGUUGUCGAGCCCGAGGUUGAGGAAGAUGACUUGCAGAGCCAAGAUGUCUGGGAGGAGAUCAGGCUCAAGGUCGAAGAGGCGACGGAGAACGAGGCCCUUGGUGUGACCCUGGUGCGUGAGACGAUUGAAGAUGCUCUGGAGCACAGUGGCCUGCUGGUCGCAAGAUCCCCAGAAGAGACGAAUUAUUACGUGGAUGCCCUACUGGAAGCCGUCACCAGUCCGGACACCGCUAUUGCAGCCGAGAACAUCCACAAUAACUCGAUCGAUGGGGACGAGGGCGUGGUUGAGGACAACGAAGAGACGGAGCGCGAAAUGGCCCCUGCAGAGACUUCAGAGACUGGUGCUGAGGCAUCUCAGCCAGCAUCUUCCGCUUCCGAUGAAGUUGCCGGCGAUACAGCAACCUCGCCCGCCGAAGCCGCGGAGGAGAACCUCACUGCCAUUGAGGACAAGGCUUCAGAGGACGAGACAGUUGCCUCGGCCAAGGAGAAUAUUGAGGAAGUGAUCGCUCGAGCUUCCUCCAAGGCUUCGGCUACCAAGCUGUCGCUCAAGGAUCUCAUCCUCAAGCUCGCAGCGCAGGUGGAGGCCUCGCCGCAGGACAAGACCGGCGAGGGCGAGGACGAAAAGUGGACUCUGGACACGCAGACGGAUUCGCCAAAGAAUAAGCGGUUCGAGCGCAUCCUCUCUCAGCUGAUGGCCACCUCCAAAGUGGACUCGGCCGAGGGCAGCAGCGCCGCAGUCGAGGAAACGAGUGACAAGGCGGCGGAUGAGGAGGGCGUCACUACGGCGGAGGAGCCGGCCGCCAGCACCACCGACGAGCAGCCAUCCGAGACUGACACGGCUGCCGCCACUUCUUCUUCCUCCUCCGCCUCUGCCCCCGCCCCCGCCGAGGAGGAGCAGCCCAAGAAGGAAGAAGAGCUCCUGGGCAUGAUCCUCACCAUCCGCAACAAGGUCAACGGCGCCUACGUCCAGCGGCCCGAGGGCCUCACCAAGGGCUCCUCGUGGGUCGUCGAGUACGCCAUCGAGGAGCUCGAGGCCGGGCGCGCCGCCCUGCUCUACGAGCGCAUCAAGGCCCGCCGGCGGCAGCACCUCGGGCCCGACCGCAAGCCCGCCGGCGGCGGCAACAAUAACAACAACAACGGCAAGCCGGCCUGGGACCGCGUCUUCAUGCGCAAGCUGCAGGACUUCAGCCGCAGGGGCGUGCAGUUCCGGCGGCGCGAGAACGCGGCCGCCAGGAGCAAGCCCGUGCUGGUGUACGGCCUCGACCGGCCGCUCGAGUGGGACGACGUCUUCAAGAACGAGCCCAAGGCGCCCUUCCCGCUGCAGGUCAACGACCCGAGCAAGGCGCCGGCGCGCAUUAGGUUCUGGUCGCCCAAGACUUGGCCCGGCACGUCGUGA